AUGCUUGAUGAUAUCGUGGUUGUCACCAUGGCAAUUGAUUUUGCCGGAUGCGGUUUUACACCCACCGAUCUGGAGACCGCCGGAGUCAAGGAGGACGGUAGGGGCGCCGCUAUCGCCGGAACAGCCGCUAAAGCUGUACGACACCUCACCGAGGCUGAACGAUUGGCCACACGGGGAUUUCGUGAGAACAUCGAGUACUUGCUGGCCGGGGCAUGCGUGUUGGCCCUCGGUCCAAGCAACCCAGUGGUUGGUCUGGUCGCCAUUCCGGAGUUCCUGGCCGAACGCUACAGCUUGGGCACUGGCAAGGCUGCCGAAGGCAGCGACGCCUAG